AUGUACGGCUAUGGCUCAUACCACUCCUCGAACCACCGCUACGCUGCCUAUAAUGGCUACAACCACUAUCCCCCGCAGGCUGGUGAAUGGUACGGCGAUGACCCAGGGCCGAGCUCAUCCCAGCCCUCCGAAUUCUAUGGCUAUGAUUCGUACGCAUAUGAUCCGCAAUACUCGUCGCAGCACAACUACUACAAUGGGGGCUACCACGAGGCCGGCGCUCCGUCCGACCAAGGACGCUAUCCGAUGAACUCAGAUAGCUACGGGCCCUACCAGCAUACGUCCGUACGCGACAACAGGGCAUCCUCGAGACCGCCUCGGGCACCCAAAGCGAUGCGCGACCGCGGACGUGUCCAGAAAGACGAAGAGUACUCUGGCGACCGCGAAGUCACUCCCCCGCCCAUCCCGUCCCCAUCCCCCGAGUACCUCGCCCUAGCGGCCUCCGCACCCACACCGCUCGCCGACACCUCCUCCUCGCGCAAGCUGCUCAUCCUAGAUCUCAACGGCACGCUCGUCUUCCGUUCGCCACACGCCUCCCGCGCAAAGUACCGCCCCCAGGACAGAGGCGUCCCGCGCCUCCGCCCGACGUACCCUCGCCCAUAUAUGCGCGCGUUCUGCGAGUACCUGUUCGCGCUGGAGACGAAGAGGUGGCUGGACGUGAUGGUGUGGUCGUCCGCGCAGCCACACAGCGUCAACGACAUGGUGGACAAGUGCUUCGGCCCGUCGAGGCGCGAGCUGGUGGCGGUAUGGGCGAGGGACACGCUCGGGCUGUCGAAUGACCAUUAUCAUCGCAAGGUUCAGACAUUGAAAGACCUCUCCAGACCCUGGGCCACCCUCCCUGCCCUCCUCACACCACUUCCUCCUUCACCGUCAUCUUCCACUGCAUCGCUUCCCAGCUCGUCCCCACCAGGACGGCCCUCUUCGCCUGUCCGUUCUGCUGAGACCACUGCUCCGCAUGUGCACUCAGCACUCACGACGCUGCUGCUCGAUGACUCCCCGGCAAAGGCCGCUAUGCAGCCCUACAACCACUUCUGCAUACCAGAAUACGCCCAGCAGCAGCGUAACAAAGAUCUGGAGAACUUCCAGAAAGAACAGCAGUGGCUACUUGUCAAUGAGAGGAGGAAGAUGCCGCAAGGCGAGCAGGCGAAGGACGCGGGCAUGGCUCGAAUCGCCUCGCUGUUUCCGCCGCAAGAGAGCGGCGACGGCGACACCGAGCCUACUGCCAAGUCAAGAAAGCGCAAACGCAAGGGCAAAGAAAGCAGCCAACCCAACCCUGCCGCCAGUCCCGCAUCCGUAGCCUCAGAAGAAGACACCUUCUCCUCUGCCUCAUCUUCCGCCGCCUCCUCCCCGGCGCCCGCUCCCUCCUCGCCCACGAUACCGGGCCUGCCCACUCCCGCCCCCUCCUCUCCCCCCGAACCCAAGAAGAAAAGCCGCAAAGCCAAACGACGCAAACAGCUCGAAGAGCUUGUGCUCGCGCCCGAGGUCGAGCGGCCGGAGGUGUCGUACGACGAGACGCUCCUCGCGGUGGUCGGCGUCCUUGACGAGGUGAGGCGCCAGGCGAACGUCGCAGCGUGGGUCAGGGAGGGUGGCCUGUGGGGUCCGGGCGGUGUGCCGGAGCACUUGAGGCGGGCUGCUGAGGCGUCGGAGGAAGGGUCGGGGCCGAAGGUUCAAGGAGAAGAUGGCGAGGAGGUAGAGGAGGUGGCAGACGCACCGCAGGGAGAGAAGAGGAAACGUAAAUCGAGGCACAGGACGCUGCGCAAGCAGGCUGAAGCUGAAGCUACGCGGAAGGCUAUGGAGGGCGGCGCUGCCGCGGAGGCGGGGAACGACGAGGCGACGCGGACUGCAGCCCCCACUGACGCGAAGGGCACCAUUGACUCGGAUGUCGACGUCCUAGAAACACCAGCGUCGAUGUGGUUCGAGGACCCGGAGGUGCUGGGGUAUUGGGCGAGAAGGGGCAGGGAGGCCCUGCACGCGUUGGGUAUCUCUGUCGAACAUGGGAUGGAGGGGUAG